CGCUCUGGAUCGUUGUUAGUGCUGGAGAGCAGCAGCAGUGUGUGUAUGGAGUCCGCGCUCGAUCAAACUCCAGCAGUUGAUAGAUCGGGAUGAGAACAGGGCUCCUAUGCUCCAGCAGUCCUACUCGAAUAAAAGACUACUGCAUAUGAGAGACUGAGAUUACGAAGGUUUAACGGGCUUGAUCAGUCUGUUCAUCUGUCUGGCUAUGUGGCUAACUGCUUGAUCUAAUGGAAAGACCAUCUGAGUUUGUCUGAUGUGAGUUUGUGAGCUGCAGCGCGGCUGGAUACAAUGUUUCUCGUAUUUCUUUCAUCGGAGCGUUUGACGCGCUACAAAGUAACAACAUCAAAGCAGCCCGAACGCUCCAGCCUGAAGAAUGACACAAAGUACCGGUAACCCAUCCAGAUAAACAGAAGACAAGACUGAUUCAGGAAACUCUCUCAGACCUGCUUUAAUGUGCAUUUGCGGAGCGCGUUCCAGAGCCAUUGCAUUGAGGAUGUCUUAGCCCAGCAUACACUCGGCAAGGGAGGACUCUGCUAGUUUCCACCACUUUGGGAACUCCAUGUCAUGAGACAGCACCAGUGAUGGAGAUCCACUGAGUCCUGUCCCUGAUUCUUCACUGUCCUUUCCCCCUUUACCCCUGCCCUGCCUGGCAAGUGCACGAACAUGCUGCGCUUCCUUCCUCUCAAGCUUGUCCGUUUGUACCGGUGUUUGAAGCUUCUUUUCAUUGUGGGUCUGUUUGUUAUCUUGCUAAUGAACACGCACAAUCUCUUCGCCUCUUUCCAAAAGAACGAACUCACCGAUCGACGGUUCAUCAACCUCAACAAGUGUCCGGCCUGCUUUGGCACAAGUUGGUGUCGUAAGUUUAUGAAUGGACAAAUAUCCUUCGAGACUUGGGGUCGCCUUCGCUUCCUUGACAUCUUCAAUGUAAAAAACGUGUUCUUCGCCCAAUAUGGGGAGCCUCGAGAGGGUACGCGGAGGAUCGUACUCAAGCGAUUGGGUUCUAAUCAAGAGCUAGCCGAUAUUGACCAGAAGAUUUGCAAGAGGGCAACGGGGCGUCCUCGUUGCGAUCUCAUCCAGGCCAUGUACAAGACAGAGUUCGCCAGACUCAAUGGGGAUGUCAGACUCUUAACUCCAGAUGUUGUUGAAGGCUGGUCAGACCUUGUUCAUUGUCCAUCCCAGAGACUGCUGGACAGAAUAGUCAGGAGGUACGCCGAGACAAAGGACUCUGGAAGCUUCCUGCUUAAGAACCUUAAAGAUACAGAAAGGAUGCAGCUCUUGAUGACCUUGGCUUUCAACCCAGAGCCCCUAGUGCUUCAGAGUUUUCCAUCAGAUGAAGGCUGGCCAUUUGCAAAGUACCUGGGUGCUUGCGGGCGGAUGGUGGCAGUGAACUACGUGGGCGAGGAGCUUUGGAGUUUCUUCAACGCUCCCUGGGAGAAAAGAGUAGAUCUGGCCAAGCAACUGAUGGACAUCGCUGAGCAGCUCACCAACAAUGACUUUGACUUUGCUCUCUAUCUGUUGGAUGUCAGUUUCGAUAACUUCGCCGUGGGCCCGCGGGACGGGAAAGUCAUUGUGGUGGACGCAGAGAAUGUGGUGGUGGCCGACAAGAGGUGGAUCAAACAAAAUAAACUUGAGAACUACGAUGUCUGGUAUGAGAGCAAGUUUGAGGACUGUGACAAGGAGGCCUGCCUUUCCUUCUCUAAAGACAUGUUGUGUUCACGGGUCACAGUGGACCAUAACUAUUACGCAAUCUGUCAGAACCUGCUCUCGCGAUAUGCGACAUGGCGGGGCAGCUCUGGUGGGCUUCUUCACGACCCUCCACCACACAUAGCCAAAGAUGGCCAGCUUGAAGCUCUGUUGGAUGAGUGCGCCAACCCCAAAAAGCGAUACGGACGCUUCCAGGCAGCUAAAGAACUGCGCGAGUACCUAACCCAGCUCAGCGGCACCGCUAGGUAAUGACUGUCCAUGCCCUUCAGUGCUCAACCUCCACCCGUCAGUAUCAGAUGAUGUCAUCAGGGUAUGGGGAUUCCCACUGGAUGCAUGAUAAAGAGAUACAGAUUUGUGGACGUCCAUGUCUUGAAGGUCUGACGUCUGGGCAAAAGAAUGCUUUGGACUUCUUUAACUCUAUUUCAGACCAGUCGUCCAUCACUAUCACCACUUCUGUGUAUAUUUUGUUUUGCUUACAUGAAUCUUUAAAUUAUUGAAGAGUCUUGGGUUUGUUGCUUUUAUUCAAUGGUUUAUUUUGCAAUAAAGGCUGUGGUUUACACCAUUAUUGAUAAUCCAGAAGCAUACUUUACGCAAGUGCAUAGACAUAAAGGUUUGGCCAACUCAUUGCAAGCAGAUGUUAUUAUUCAGGUAGGUAGCUAUAAACUCUGGCAAGCCAAAUUGACUUUAAAUCAUGUGCAUAUGAAUUCUAGAUAUAUAAAAUGAAACUUUUUCUAGUUAAAAAUGCAACUUUUUAUAUUGGUAAUGGAAUUAUUACUAGUGAAAAUGCCAAUUUUGGAUAUCGGUAAAUUACAUUUGCACUUGUAAAAAACAAAUUAUCAAAAAUUAUAUCAUAACUCACAGAAAUAAACAUUCUUGAUAGCAAAAAUUGAAUUUCAACUAGAAAAAGCUUCACUAGUGAAAUUUCACAAUGAUUUUUCAUUCACUCCUGUUCACAAUGCAAAUACAAAUAUCUAUAAUUAAUUUCUUACAAGUUAAAAUGCUAAAUACACAUAUCAGCUAUGUACUUCUUAUUAAUAGAAAGUUUUAACAUUUUAAUUUUUUUUCUAAAUAUUUUGACGUUAGAUUUGGUAUUUCAGAUAUCUGGAAAUUGAUUUCAUAUAUCAAUAAAUUAAAGAGUAAUUAAAGAUAUUGUAAAAUACUUUUUUACUAGCUACAAUAACAUAAUAGAUAUCAUUAUAGACAACAUUACCACCAAAUCAAAAAUAGCAUUUUUAGUCUUUGUGAUUCAACUAUUGAUAUCGUGAACGGACAUUUGCACUCGCAACAAUGUAAUUAUUGAAAUAAAAAAUCUAUAAUGUUUACUAGUAAAAAGUACAUAUGGGUAUUUAGAAUUUUAACUAGUAAGAAAUUAAUUAUAGAUAUCUGUAAUUGCGUUUUGAAACAGGGUUCAAUGACAGAUCAUUGUGAAAUUCUGCUAGUGAAAAUGCAGUUACAAUUACAUUUUAUUUUUUACUGAAAAAUGUAAAUUCCCUGUUUGAUAUGAAGAACAUGUAUUUCCAGUGAGUUGUGACAUCAUUUUUUAUAUUAAGAAUUAAAAAUGUUACUAGUGCACACCCUAGUAAAAGUUGAAUUAGAGAUAUAUAUUAACCUGCACAUAAUUAAAUGUCGAAAGGAAUUGCGAUAAUAAACAUGUAGAUAGUUUAAAGCUGAAGUGUGCAAUUUCUUCACCACUAGUGUCACUAAACGGAAUUGCAAAAAUAAUGACCCAAACUUUCACCCUAUGCCCACACACACACACCAUGUUACACUUUUCUAAAAAAAAAAAAAAAUAUGUUUUAAAUUAAACCUGCAAGUAGCUAACUUGUUGUCUCCUCUUAUUUAGUUGCAAUAGAAGAAAAUAUUAUAACGUUGAAAAAGUUACAUACUUCAGCUUUAACUAACUUUAUUCACUAAGAUUAUUUUCAAACUGUUUCUCCGCCAUGACAGCAGUUGAACUGAAAGAGGAAAAAGAAUAAUAGAAUAAGACCGUUUACGCCAAUGCCAACUAUAGCGCCCCUUGUGACAAUGUUGAGAAUGCAACACAUACUCGUGUUACGUCACGAAUUGCGGUCAUAUGUUUGGGGCCUUAACAUCCUGCAAUUUACUCUGCUGGAGGUUUACUUGCAAAAUAUUGAUACUCAGAAAGUCAUCUGGGAGUGUUAAUACACAGCAAGUCAAGAGCGACUGCAGUGAUCCCAAAAAGUAUUUGGACACCUAUAAUGGUGUGAAUAUCAUUGUAUUAGGUACAUAAUAUCAAACCAAGUGGCAUCUGCAAAGAAUUGAAGCUAGACGUUUUCUCAGAACUUCACUUUCUUUGUCGUUUUUGCUAUUCUUUUUAAUUGGUCCCAACAUUUAGGGUACGUUUUAUGGAUUUUAGUGAAUGUAUAGUCAUAGUUCAUCAUAUUAACCACUGACAUGUUCCACUAAUAUUUAACAACCAGAUAGUGUCUUUCAUCUUCAUUUUGAAGAGUAUGUCUAAUGUUUUGUAAUUGAAAACCCAAUGAAGUUUGUGUUUUGUGAAAUGUUUUCAUUGAAAAGUGUGCUUGUGUUGUUCCAAAUACUUUUUGGGUCCACUGUAUGUCUAAAACUUGUCAGAGAGUGUCUUCCGGCUAAUUGAUUUACUUACAUUCCAGAAAGAAUGGGUUUGGCAUAGUGUCGUUUUAAAAUGCUAGAGAGGAUUUCAAAAUCUGUACAUAAUUAGAAGAGAUUGGAGGGGAAAUGAGUUGGAAUUGUUUUGCGUAUACCAAAGAGUCUGGUUCUAUGUAACUCAAACCUCUUAAUUAAAGGGGCAGAGCCUCUCCGUGAAAUUGAGCAUGUUCAACCCAUCAAAAUUACCCUAGAGAAACUUCAUAAUGCACUGAGACUUGUUGCAAAGAUAUGUGUUUGUAUUAAUCAAGCAAAGUCCAAGAAGGGCCAUGAUAAAUCCAAAUUUUGUAUUGCUUUUAAAUCAGAGCAGGGCUCAAUAAUCUACUGGCACAGGAUGUGUUGUAGCACUAUAAAACUUCAUAACCUGGGAAUUUGCAUCCACACAGGCUAAAAGGGAUUUUCUGUCUUUAAAAUCCAUCUUUACUUUUCAAUUUUACAGCUCUGCAAUUGAAUAAAUCAAAAUUUUAUUAAAUGUCUCUAACACUUAAUAUCAUUUAACUUCGAGCCAUUUUUUUCAGCCCUGGUUUGAUUUUGCACUUGGUGGACCGAAGAUCAGUAUGCUAAUGAGUAUGCGAUAGAUAAAAAAAGUGUACGAGUGCUUGACUGACAGCGUCACUUCAUUGAGCCUGGAGUUUGAAAGUUAAUUAAUGUUUCUGCCAGAUCAAAUUAAUAAAAUAAAUUCAGAUUUUAAUCUUUGUAUUUGGGUUCUGGCCAUGCAGGCCCUCAACAGUCAAAGCAAUAAGUGUUGAUCACACCGUUAUGUCAGACGAUCCCCUGCUCUUGUCCAAUCUUCACCUGUGACUGGAUGGCCUCUCUUUGAGUGUUGGCACGUGAGAAAUAUUUUGCGUGCAUAAAUAACUGUACGCUUUUGUACUGUAAUUAUAUUUCAGUUGAGUAUUUUAUCAGCUGUGUCUGAUUUUACUGUGCCUUUCAUUCAGAAGUUGUAUUUACAACUUUUUAGUAUGUUUAAAUAUCAAAUAAAUGAAUAUAUAUCUAUAUAUAUAUAUA